AUGAAGCUCUCGACAAUCCUUAGCGCCGGGCUCCUGGCUGUCUACGCCUCAGCAACACCCAUCGUCACGACCGGAACAAGCUAUAAUAUCCCCGAUGGCGUGAGCAUCCAAGAAAUGGUGGCACGAGGCGAAGACAACCUAGUACGACGCCAAGCCAAUGACACUGGGGACUCCUCAUUCACCGCGAAUGACUUCCUUGACGCCGGUUGCAAGGAUGUUGUUUUGGUCUACGCCCGAGGCAGCACACAAGACGGUAACAUUGGCGAUCAACCGGGUCCCCAGUUGGCCUCGUCACUUCAGACUUCGCUAGGAGCAGACCGUGUCGCUGUACAAGGCGUCGACUAUCCCGCUGGUUUGGCCCAAAACCUCAUCCCCGGCGGCACCAAUCCCGACGACGCCGCCGAUAUGGCUGACCUCAUCGCCAACAUCUCGUCCACUUGCCCAGACUCGCAAAUUGUGCUCUCGGGCUACAGCCAAGGCGCCGCCAUGGUCCACCGUGCCACCGAGCAGAUUGACGACGAGACUGUCCUAGGCCAGAUUGCCGCCGCCGUCACUUUUGGCGACACGCAAAAGGACCAAGACGACGACCAAGUGCCCAAUGUCGACACGGCCAAGACGCUCAUUCUGUGCAAUGACGGCGAUCUGGUCUGCGACGGUACGCUCAUCGUCACAAAAGCCCAUCUCGAUUACACGGGCAAGGUGCAACAAGCUAGUGAUUUCGUCACUGGCUUGAUACAAUAG